UAAACAGUCUAACGUUGUAUUUCUACAGCCUAAAAUCGUAACGUCCAGGUCAGAUGACAUCAACUUUACAGUUAUCGAAAACUUAAAUACCUAAAAUGCCCUCAUAUGGACAAGCAGGCAUGACAGUCCUCCUAGCUUGAAAACUUCUAGUAUUUGAAUAGUGUAAAUAGUGAUUCUACUGAUUUAGCAAAACAAAAAUGGAAGAAAAUUCUGAAUUGCCAACAAUUUUGCCCCAAGAAAUUCUCUUUGACAUUCUGUUAAGGUUACCUAUCAAGUCCAUCUUGAAAUUCAGGUGUGUAUCAAAAUCUUGGCUUUCUUUACUCUCAAAUCCUCUAUUCAAGAAAACCCAUGUUGAGUUUUACUUAAAGAACCCCAAGUUGACUGAUUAUAAGCUUGCUGUUUUAGCAUCUGUUCCUGGUUUGAGAGAAAGAUUCUGUCAUUUUUACAACAUGGGGUUUCAAGAUUCUUGUCUUACUUUGUCUAGACAUAGUUGCCCUGCUGAAUCUUUAGCUUUGUCAGCUAGGAUUUUGGGUUCUUGUAAUGGUUUAAUCUGUUUAACUGGCGAUUCGUUUACGUUAGUGAUGUUGAAUCCUUGUACUGGAAUGUUUAAUGUGUUUCCUGAUACAAUGCUUAGGAGUAAAUGUGGUGUUGGUGGUUGUUAUGUUAGAUAUGGAUUUGGUUAUGAUGCAUCUGUUGAUGAUUAUAAGGUUGUCAAGAUUUUCAGUUUUAGUCAAAGUGAGGGUAGAUAUGAGAAUAUGGUUAAUGUUUAUAGCGUAAAGGCGAAAUCUUGGAAAGUGAUUGAGGGUUUUAGUAGUGGUACUUUAAAUGGAAAGCUUGGUGUGUUUGCAAAUGGGGUUCUUCAUUGGGAAGCGUGCGACAUUCGUUGUUCGAGGGUGGUUUGGGAGAUUGUUACUUUGGAUUUGGCUGUGGAGAGAUAUGGAAAGAUAGCAUUGCCUAGUUAUGAAGACGGAGGUGUUUAUUGGACGCUAGGUGUUUCGAUGGGGUAUUUAGUUGGUUGUUGCAACUACGAACCGAAUAAGGCGGAUGUAUGGGUGAUGAAGCAGUAUGGUGUUGAGAAAUCUUGGACUAAAUUGGUUACCAUCUCGUUACCCGUUAAUCGUAGGGCUUAUAUCUCACCGUUGUAUGUGGAAGAGAAUUGUGAUGAAUUUCUGCUGCAGUUUGGGGAAGAGAUAACACGGUAUAAUUCGAGAGAUGGUUCAUUCAAUCGAGUUGAUGGUUACAUGCCUAGUGAUCUUCGUCAGGUUCAAGUGGCAACCUACUUUGAGAGCCUUGCUUCGCCUCAUGUUUAGUGACGUGAUGACGGGCUGCGAAGGCGAAGAAAUUAAGAGA